CGCCCCGCCCCCACCCGGAAGGCCACAGGCAGAGCCGACCCGCGCCCCGCGCCCCGCACCCCGCAGGCACCCCACAGGCACCCCGAACGGAGCGCGCACCAUGGCUGUGUCCACCCCGCUGCGCGACUGCCAGGCGUGGAAGGACGCCGGUCUCCCGCUCUCCACCCCCAGCAACGAGGCCUGCAAGCUGUUCGAUGCCACCCUGACCCAGUACGUGAGGUGGACCAACGACGCGGCCCUCGGGGGCAUCGAGGGCUGCCUGGCGAAGCUGAAGGCGGCAGACCCGACCUUCGCCAUGGGCCACGCCAUCGCCAACGGCCUGGUGCUGAUUGGCACUGGGAGCUCCGUGCGGCUGGACCGAGAGCUGGCGCUGGCGGUGAGGAACAUGGUGGAGAUGUCCAAAGCCCAGCCGCUGACGCCGAGGGAGCGGCUGCACGUGUCUGCGGUGGAGGCCUUCGCCAAGGGGAACUUCCCCGGAGCCUGCGAGCUGUGGGAGCAGAUUCUCCGGGACCACCCCACGGACAUGCUGGCCCUCAAGUUCUCCCACGACGCCUACUUCUACCUGGGCUACCAGGAGCAGAUGCGAGAUUCUGCGGCCCGAGUCUACCCCUUCUGGACACCCGGCGUCCCUCUGAGCAGCUACGUGAAAGGCAUCUACUCGUUCGGGUUGAUGGAAACCAACCUCUACGACCAGGCGGAGAAGCUCGCCAAAGAGGCGUUGUCUGUGACCCCCACGGACGCGUGGUCGGUGCACACCGUGGCCCACAUUCACGAGAUGAAGGCGGAGGUCAAGGCUGGGCUGGACUUCAUGCAGCGCUCAGAAGCCAACUGGAAGGGCUCGGACAUGCUUGCUUGUCACAACUACUGGCACUGGGCUUUGUAUCUGAUUGAAAAGGGCGAGUAUGAGGCCGCGCUGACCAUUUACGACGACCACAUCCUCCCCAGCCUGCGGGCCAGCGGCGCCAUGCUGGACGUGGUGGACAGCUGCUCCAUGCUGUACCGGCUGCAGAUGGAAGGGGUGUCUGUGGGCGAGCGGUGGCGGGAUGUCCUGCCCGUGACCCGGGAGCACAGCCGCGACCACAUCCUGCUGUUCAACGACGCCCACUUCCUGAUGGCGUCGCUGGGUGCGCGGGACGCCCAGACCACGCAGGAGCUGCUGACCACGCUGCAGGAGGCCAGCGAGUCCCCCGGGGAGAACUGCCAGCACCGCCUCGCCCGCGACGUGGGGCUGCCCCUGUGCCAGGCCCUGGUGGAGGCCGAGCGCGGGAACCCCGGCCGCGUCCUGGAGCUCCUGCUGCCCAUCCGCUACCGCAUCGUCCAGAUCGGGGGCAGCAACGCGCAGAGAGACGUCUUCAGCCAGCUGCUGAUCCACGCGGCCCUGCAGUGCACCUCGGGCCCCCACCGGAACGUGGCCCGAAGCCUUCUGAUGGAGCGGGACGCCUUGAAGCCCAACUCGCCCCUGACUGAGCGGCUCAUGCGCAAGGCAGCCGCUGUCCACCUCCUGCAGUGAGCCGGCCGGGCCCAGUGCAGAGCCGCCGGCGGGCGUCCUGGCUCAGCAGCCACACCGACAGGCCUGGGGAGUGGUCUGCAGCUUUAAACAGAGCCCUGGACCAGCGGCCUCACAGGAAGAGGGCACGUGACUGUGUGUGAAGACGAUUCAGAAUCUCCUUCUAGUCCUUGUUAAAGGCUAAGGCGCGUGCUGUGUCCACUGGCCUUGCAAAUUGUAUUUUCCCAGGGGCCUUGCGCCUCCUGUUGUUCAAGGGUUGGAAGCUGGGGUGGGAUGGGGGUGGCUCAGCGGGGGGGCGAGGGGAGGGGGGCCUUCACAGCCCGGGGCACCCCACCCCAGGCUGCCCUUGGGGUGACCCUCGUCUUCGCACCCUCUCCCAGGCGGGUUGGGAGUGAGGGAAGCAGAGGGGGCAGUGACUUGCCCAGGCCACAGCGAGUGGAGGCCGGGCCCUCCUGGGGGAGCGGGGGACCUCAUCUCAGCCUCCCCUCCUCACGGGAGCACAGCCCGUGGGUGCCCUCCUGCCGCCCUGGCCACGUCCCGGGGGCAUUUGGUGACACUGACGUGGGCUUGUCUCUCUUUAUUCUGAACUGCACGUUGUGAAGGGGCCCCCGCACAUGGUUUCUAACGUGGACUAACUGCUGGGUCAGACGAACAGAGCAGCGGAGCUGCCCGCUUUCUGGGGUGUGAGGGUUGAGCUCGGGCUGCCCUCUUGUGGCAAAAACCGAAGCAUCGUGACAUGUGGCUUCAAUGCUCCUGCUUCCUGCGUUCACCUGGCCCCAGGUCCCCUGAGCCAGGGGAUUUCAGUUUAGCGUGCGGACAAAGCCGCCUGCCUGAGGUGAGCAGGACCCCGCGAGGGGCUGGGAGAUGACCCAACCCAGCCCCCUUGGAGGCCUCUCUCCAACCGGGCCUGAAGCAGGGCCAUGCCUGCAUUUCCCUGUUCCUUCGGCCAAUAAAUCCUCCUCUUUCUAAAGCUAGAAUGGCCCGGCAGACAUGGCUCAGUGGUUGAGCGUUGACCUAGGAACCAGGACGUCACGGUUCCAUUUCCGGUGAGGGGCACAGGCCCGGGUUGUGGGCUUGGUCCCCAGUAGGGGGCGUGCAGGAGGCAGCCGAUCAAUGAUUCUCUCAUCAUUGAUGUCUCUACCGCUCUCUCCCUCUCCCUUCCUCUCUGAAGUCAAUAAAAACACAUUAAAGUAAUAAUAAAGCCA